AUGCAGCUGGUGAGCGAGAUUGGACGGAACGCAGCGGGUCCGGUAUCGAGGCAGUUUGGCUUCGGAAUGGGCACCACCAGUUCUGUAAAUGGAAAUAGCAGAAAAGUGGUCGUACAUAAAUACAAGUUUAACUAUUCUAAGAGUACGAGAACAAAUUCAAAGUGCACUUGUGAAGUUUGUGGGGCUGCCCAGCUAAAGUACGGUAAAAAUCUACCGGGAACAGUUCCUAGAAAGGAAAACCAACGUAAUUCAAAACCGAGCAAUUUAAACACUACUAAAGUCAUACGCGAGGUCAUACGCAUGUGUAAUACUUGUCUAACGGAAAUCGGACGAGGGAAGAAUCACGUUUGUACUGUCACUGAGCGUUCAGAAAAUUUAGCAAAUUUAUCAAAGUUUCUAGCCGAAAAAGUCUCAACUUCUGGUUCUGAAAACAUUCGCUUAUCAAAUCGUCGAGGAAAACCAUCCGUAUUUCUAAAAGCUAAUUCUACUGUAUCUUUGAAAGAACGGAAACGCAUGCGGACAGAAGAUAUGUUCAAAGUGAAGACGGAGAAUAACUUGAGCAUGCGGAAGACUCUUCGCAUCAUGAAAAGUUUAAAACGAGGUGGAGUGAGCUUUGAAACUGGCUUAAAAGGGAAGCUUUCCAAACUGAACUCACAGCUUGGAGAUUUGUUUAGUAUUGUAGAGCUAGGAGAAGUACAUGGUUUAAAGAAAUCUAAAUUAAAAUGCUCUUUUCUAGCUGAAAACGUCCAUCUUGGUCAAUGCGCUGAUGUUCCAGUUAUAUUUUGUAAUAAUAUAUCUGAGUUGCUUCAACGCAUCAAGAAAAGUAGACACACGAGUGAGGAAGAACUUUUUAUAAAGCUUGGUAUCGACGGCGGAGGAGGAUUUUUUAAGAUCACUCUCUCUGUUGUAUCCAAAACCCAAAAUAAUUCCACAGAUGAUUUUAAAGACAGCGGCGUGAAACGCCUCCAUUUUUUGGCAUUGGCUCCAAAUCUUGCCGAAAAAUAUGAAUAUAUUUUUCUAACCUGGAAUGGUCUUUUGAAGCUGAAUCCCUUGGAAUCGAUUAUUGCCGGUGAUUUAAAGACGAUUAACGUGAUUAUUGGAAUAAUGGCGCAUUCAUCUACUCACCCCUGUCCAUAUUGUUUUGGAAUCGGCAAUUCAACCGUAAAAUCGUUCAAGGAGACCCAGACGACCCAUCGGCGAGCUGGUAGUGGAAGAAAAGCGAAGACGAACAACCCCGUGAACGCAAGGAAGGUGAGGGAUUUCUUCAAGCGAAAUCCGAACCUUUCGGUGGCAAAAAAGGUCAAUUCUUCCGUCUGGUCCGUCCAGCAUACAAUGAAGCGGGCCGGACUUCAAGUCUUCAAGAAGCUGUACCACGAGUGGUUGGUGCAGCCGAAAUGCAUCGUAAUGAACAAUGAGACGUACAUUAAAGCGGAUGCCAAGCAGAUCCCCGGCCUGGCACCAUCAACGGCCAAAUAUAUAAAGAAGAAUGCCUCUAGAAGCGCCUCCGGUCCCACGAAGGUGAAACUCUGUUUAGGCCGGAUCUGGCAUCGGGCCAUUACGCGAAACCGGUGA